AUGAAGGCCAACGCAUCUUUCCUUGUCAUCGUAAUAUGUUUCACGUUUUCGGUUGCCAGUGGUAUCGAUUCAUGUACGUUCACUUCAACAAUUGCCGAUAUACUUCCUUCGAAUUGGUCGUAUUCCACAUUAGACAAAGUAAAACCAUGCUUUCAAAGUAUAAUAUUGAAUAAAACGAUCGUGAAUCAAACCAUACAACAGCUAUUCAAUUCGUUAGAUUUUUACAGUUUCCUAAGUAUAGCUCGUCAAAGCAAUGCACCUUAUUUUAUCAAUGUAAACCUUGACAAUGAGUUGGUCAAUAUCGUUAAUCAAUCCAAUAUGAAUGCAUAUCAAAGUGAUUAUGAUUUUCAUAUAGCAAUCGUGAAUUCAUUCAAAAAACUUAAUGAUUAUCAUACGCAAUAUACUGCUCCAUUAGGAUACGCUAAUUUCAUUUUAUUAUUACCAUUUAUUUUCGAAUUUCUUCCUGCAACACAACAAAUCAAAAUAAAACAAGGCGUUAAAUUAUACUCCUCUCUCACAGGAAAUGAUUUCAAUAUGCAUUAUACGAAUGAAAUGAUCACCAAAAUCGAUGGUGUGAAUGCAUUCGAUUAUAUCAAAGAAUUUUCUGAACGACACUCACUGAUCAGCAAAGAUAAAAAUGUUAAAUUGAAUUCGGUCUUCAAAGAAGAAUUCUGGUUACGGAAUCUCGCUAAAUAUCCGAUGCCAUUGCGUGACAACAUAACAUUUACGUUUCACAAUAUCACCGUAACAUUUCCUUACGUUGUUCUUAUCACAAAACAGUUUAACAGUCAAUUAGAUUUCGAAAAAGAGAACAGUUUUUUACGACCAACACCAGCAUUUGACCAAACGCGAGUUCUGAACUAUGUCAACAAUUUCGAAAAACUCGAUUGGUACUACGAAAGAUCAACUGACCGUUUCGACUAUAUCAUGGGUGGAAAUACGACUUAUCUUUAUACUCACAAGAGAACCAAAACUGCAGUUAUCAAGCUUGGUUCAUUUGAUGAAGAGCAUUUCCCAGAUAUAAAGAAAAUCCUGUUGGCAGCUUCUGGAGAUUCAUUGAUUAUCGAUUUGAUCGGUAAUCAUGGAGGUCAUAGUUGUAUGGCGUAUGGUUUACUCAAUUAUCUCAUUCCCGAAUAUUCGAAUUUGAGUAACCUGUAUGAACCAUUGGACGGACGGAUAACCAAAAUCUUACAAACAUGGUCGAGAGUGUUUACGUUUUAUCCAAAUUCAAUUUUAAACCUUCAGACCGGUGAAUCGUUUACAAAUAUGGAUUGGAUACAACCAUAUAGGAAUUACACGCGAGGUAACAUUACGGAAGAAUAUUCGAUGAAAUGGUCGAUUAAUUGUGAUGGACAAGUCUUCGGCGAAGGACAAUAUUGGCUUAGAAACAACACCACACCCAAAUACUUUCGAUCAAUCUAUGUUUUAACCGAUGGUACGUGUGGAAGUGCAUGCGGACUAUUCUUAUCCAAACUCAAAUUUGGUUCUAAUUUUAAAACUAUCUACGGUAUCGGCGGUGGAUACGGUGGAAAUAGUCCGUUUGAAAGUUCGAGUUAUGCAGGUGGUGGUGCAUUCAAUUGGAACGAUAUUGUCAUGUAUUAUAACCUGGUUAAUGAUAGUAGUAGUCCACCUCUGCAUUACUUUCCAACAAGUGCGUUCUUGAAAUUAAAUGUGUAUGAAAUAUAUAUCAAUAAACUGAAUCCCGACUGUCCAAGAGAAUUUGCAUCACAACCAAUAGAUAAACAUAUCACCGGUCCGGAUUAUUUCAAUCUCGAACAACUCUUGGAGCAGAUCAUUGAUAGCAAUAUUUCAUCGUUUGGAAUCAAUGUGCAAACAGAUGUUCUAUUCAUUCUCAAUCUCCUGGCAUUAAUAAUACUGUCAAAUUACAUUUACUAA